AUUUUAUCGGAAAAAUUGACCCUUCGAUACCACUCGAGCGUCUCUCGUUGCGUUAUGUGUAAAUUCGGUUUAUUUCUUGUGGCACAAUGAUUAUAAAAAGUGUUUUAGCUCUUUUAUGCCUUAUAACUGUGGUCAAAGGUGAUUUAGGUGUAAUCGAGAAUAAUAUUUGGGAUGAAAUUUUGGAAAGUUUGGUGCAAAUUGCCGUAAGAUCCAUUGAGAAAGUCCUGACUGAAACCGGGAACAUCACGUUAGUGAAUGAGCCAACGACUGUUAAUGUGACUGUAGCAACAAUUGUUGCAGGUACUUUGUACUGCGACGAUGCAACGUUUUUUGGCUUAGAAAGUCUUAGUUUGCCUGUGGAGUUUAAAUCGGACCUAAGCAAUAGCAACAUUUCAUUUAGUUUAACACCCACAGUAUCCGAUGGAAUUGGUUUUGAUGUUCAAAAUUAUACUGCUGACGUUGGUAUUGCGAAUCAAAUCCCUUUGUAUGGAACCAAUGGUGCUACUAGCCUGGCCAUGAACAAAUUAAAAUUAAAAAUAGGCGCCAACGUAUCCUGGAAUAAAACGGGAAUAUUCCUGGAAAAUCUUCAACUUAAACCGUUCUUCUUAGCUAAAGUGAAAUUCACUCAGAUCUUCAAUAAUCCAGAUUUCAGCUCGACUGUUUCUAAUGCGCUAUCGUUACUGGUCGACGCCGGUUUAGUGCUUUACUAUAUCGAGGAAAAGUGUAUUACUUGUGCACUUUCUAGUGUUGUACAGUCAGCCAUUAAUGGAAACCUCACAGAUUUUUGGAAGAAUUUAGUUAAUGAUUGUAUGAGCAUAUGUUUACAUUCUCAAUCCACAUUGGUAAACGCUGCUUUUCAAAGUGACCCGACGAAUUUCAACGAGGAAGACUUGAAAAAUUUCGUUGUAUCUGCCCUAGAGGAACUCGUGGUGUUUCUUGAAGGUCGAUUAGAAAUUUAAUUGUUAGGAGCAUUUUUUAAUUAAAUUUUAUGUACAUA